UUAAGGAGCUGCUUAGAAAACAUACCUUCUCUUUAGAAAACAUACUUUUUUUUUUGGACAGACGGGUAAUGACACUGUGUUGCAUUGACACACCUCGUGUAGAAGCCAGCUUGUGGAUACAUUCAGUCAUUCAGUCCUUCAGUCAUCCAGUCAUUCAGUCAACGGAUAAUCUCGUCGGAGGACACAGGAUUAUUUUUCUUGUACCAGUAAAUCAGACAGGUAAUUUUCAGCUUCAAAAAACUAGGACGGGAAACUGCAAGAAAUCUUAAGUCAACAGUUUGAUUGUAAGAGACCGCGGCAGAAAACCUUGGCCAGCACACGACAUCAACAGAAUCCGUGAGCGGCAUUGUCUGUCUAUGUGAGACAGUCUGGUCAGCUGUCUAUGACAGAACUGUCUGUCAUCUAUUUGCAUGACAAACUAUCUGUAUAUUAAUAUACCUUGCAAGAAAGUGUCAGUAGGGAUUAUUGUGUCAUAUUAACACAGUAGCUGACAGUAAUUUACUUGCAAGAUUAGAGUGAACCUUUCAGUUGUACAUUCAGAUGUCCGUUCAACAUUGUCGUUGAUAAUUUAAAGUGUUUAUUCUGACGUCACCUUGGAUUAUUUUAAAGUGUCGUCCCAAUUUUGGAUUAUCGUGGAUUAUCGUGGAUUAAAGUCAAGUGACAAACAUGGUGCUCACGAGCAUUGGGUCACGGAGCGAGAAGAACAGCGUCUCUCUCACACGUUUUUCCUCCAUUGAAUCCCGCUCCCCCCACUCCCCCACCUCCCCUAGCUCCCCUAACGGCGACACCUACAAAAUCUACCCCCUCCCAGACGACGAUGACGUGUUCGCCAACGAGAAGGAAUUUCCCAAAGAGAACACAAUUGUCCCGCCCCCACCCACACCAGGCACCGCCCCGAGCCUGGAGCUGAAGAAGAGCUGGGUCAGCCGGAAGUUGACAUGCCCGUGUUUGGUGCUCAUCGUCGCUGCCGUCGUCGUCCUGCUUGGCCUGGCUGUGGGCAUCGCGCUCGCCGUCAUCUUUGUAAAUAAACCUGCAUCAUCAUCAUCAUCCAAUCUAACCCAAGAAAUUGAAUACUACGGCCAUCUAGCUUUGUCCAAACCUUGGUCAGGCACUACGGUGGAACUCAGCGAAAUCUUUUCACAUGACAUUGAAAUCAUCUUAAAUUCAUCAACAUUGCACAGCUCAUUCAUAAAAGCAACAUUUAGUAAUUUAAGCGUCAACAAUACAAUAUUGUUUUUUAAACUAAACUUCAAGCGAAGUUUGCGACUGCUUGAAGAAUUUAAUCAAGAUGUCUCAGAUAUUGUGUUGGCAAAAACCGUCCAAAGAAUUUUGCGCCAACAGGUUGUGGAAAAUGCAGGGAACUUAGUUCUGUCAAUCUUGUCAGAAACUGUUGUGAUUCUAGAAAACAUUCCAGUGACUGAAUCAACAGUGACCACUCCUUUCACAUCAACCAUGUCAUCACCACAAACUGAAUCAACUUCAACAACCUCUACAACAACAAUUUCUGGUCGCUGCUUGCCCCUGACAAUUGAACAGUGCCAGUCUUAUCUUGGAACGUCCAGUUUUUAUCUGCCUAAUUUUCUACAACACACCCACCCUCAAGAAGCAAUCAAUAAAUUCAACGAACUCUCAGGGUCCCAAAGGCCGAAAAGCUGUUCAGAUUCAUCUUUCAUUUUCUUGUGUUCCAUGUUGUUUCCUUCAUGUAAAAACUCAGCACCUCUUUACCCCUGUGAUUCCUUUUGUAGAGUUGUGAAAGACGAGUGUGGAGAUUUGGCUGGGUGGCCUCUUGUGUGUGAUCAGUACCCUCGUACAGACUGUUUAGCUUCACCCAGCUUCACAUCAACACCAUCAACAACUACAUCAACAACAUCAACAACUACAUCAACAACACCAGCAACCACAACUUCAACUUUAAGUUCUACACCUACGUCCACAACUACAUCAACCUCAACAUCAACUACAACUUCAACAUCAACUACAACAACAUCAACUACAACAUCAUCAACUUCAACAACCCCCAUCUCUACAACAAUGGAACUAUCCAGCUGUAUACAGUUUGACUUUCCUUUGUGUAAUGAUUUUGGCUUCACAAGAACCUAUAUGCCUAAAACUGAUUUUUGUGAUGAUAUAGAAUGUUUGAUAAAGGAGUUUUUGUCAUUUUCUCAAAGAAGUCUGGUGGAAAAUUGUACUAAAGAUCUUUCAUUUUUCUGUGGCAUAUAUUUCCCGCAAUGUGAUGAAGACAUCAUUGGUGAAUAUCUUCCCUGUUCAGAGACCUGUGAAGAUGCUGUUGCCAAAUGUGGAGAGUAUAUGCCAUAUUCUUAUAACUGUGCAGAUUUUAUUGGUUACAACAAAUCAUACCCACAAUGCAUUCCACCUAAGUAUGAGGUCACAACUACGCCCAGUACAACAGAAAUCCCACCUUUAGAGGCCUGUGUGACUCUGAACUACAGAUUUUGCGCAGAUGAAGGUUUUAAUGUAACUUCUGAGAGGACUUUAUUCACAAACUCAAUUGCUGAAGCAAUAAUGAUGUUUGAAACUUAUACGAAUCAAACACUUUAUUCAGAUUGUUAUAGCCAGUCAAAGUUUUUCUUGUGUGGAAGUUUUUUUCCAAAAUGCGAGCAAGGAUAUAAGCUUCAAUAUCCGUGUAAAAAAUAUUGUGAAGAAUUAAAUUCAUUCUGCCCCUACCUACUUCAUUUGGAUUGUGAAAAGUUGCCGGAAAAUGAUUGCUUGAGCCCCCCAGCCACCACCAGUGCUCCAACCACACAAGCUGGGGCUACAGAACCUACUACAAAGGGAGUCACCCCAACUGCACAAUCCUGCCAGCCCCUUAACUUCUCCAUAUGUAACGAGAUUGGCUAUAACUUCACCUCCUUCCCAAACAUCUGGUCUGACAAAACUGUCGAGGACGCCAUCCAAUCUUAUUACAAAAUUGGUGAAGUGGCUGUUUCAUCUGGCUGCUCUUCUAGCGCACUCUUCUAUAUUUGUCACAUGAUCUUCCCUUUUUGUGAAAAAGAUGGUAUCAGAAAAUUGCCAUGUUAUUCCUUCUGUCAGGAGAUGAACAGGAACUGCUCUAGCGUGCUCUUCCCACAGAAUUGUGGCAUUUUCUCAGAUGAAGAUUGCUUGAAUCCACUUCCUCCAACAGACUGUGCAAAUACUGAGUUCAAGUGUAAAAGCUUAAACAAAUGUAUCCAAAAGUCUUUAGUGUGUAACCAAAACAAUGACUGCGGGGAUUGGUCAGAUGAACAGAACUGUGUGUGUGACAGAGAGUUCCAGUUCCAGUGUAAAAUGGGCAUGUGUAUUCCAAGUUACAAAAGAUGUGACGGCCAGUUUGAUUGUCCUGACAACACUGAUGAGUUUAAUUGCACUUCUUGUAAAAUGAACAUGUACAAGUGUGCUGAUGGUAAAUGCAUUAUGCCAGAAUGGCUGUGUGAUGGUUUCCAAGAUUGUGCAAAUUGGGAAGAUGAAUCCAACUGUAGUCAAUGUUCAUACCCUCAAGUUGAAUGUCGUAACAAGAAAUGUAUUCCUGCUGAACAAAGAUGUGACGGAAUAAUGCAGUGUGAGGACCACUUUGAUGAAAUAGACUGCUUUAUAAAAGACAACCCUUUCUCUGUGGUGUUGAAUGAAGAGCUGCAUCAAGUCUGUGACACAGGUUUUACCAACCAGCAUGCAAAUAUUUACUGUGCUCGGAUAGGAGAAGGUUCUGUUCUAUACUGGGAAUCAAAAGAUCCAACAUUUCAGCAAUUAUUCUUGCUUCAAGCUGACGGAAAUACUGUAUCUGCUUUGGGUAGAGGAACAUUUGUAGAUGCAUGUCCAGGAAAAGUAGUAGCUGUUACUUGUAAACCUAAAGAAUGCGGACGUCCAUCACUGACACUAAAAAAUAGCAUAAUAGGUGGCACUGACGCUAGCCCAGGAGCCUGGCCAUGGAUGGUUUCAAUAAAAAAUUACAACACUCACGACUGUGGAGGGGCAAUCAUCGAUCCAUAUUUUAUUUUAACUGCAGCACAUUGUGUUGAGUCUUUUAGAGUGUUCACAUCCUUCACAGUAGUAGCUGGUACCACAGUAAUCUAUGGCUCACAGAAAUCUGCGACAGAAGUGACCCGUGAAGUGCGGCGUGCCAUCAUUCACCCCGACUAUCAAAUGUUAAAAGGGAAUGACAUUGCACUGAUUGAAUUAAAAAAACCUCUGGUCUACAACGAUUAUGUCAAGCCCAUUUGCUUCCCUGAGGCUGAUGAUGUCUUCGCAAGAUGGAGCAGGUGCUACAUAACUGGCUGGGGUCAUUUAUCUGGAGUCAGAGAUUUGGUGCCAGAAGUACUGCAGGAAACAAAGUUGACUUUAAUGGAUGCCAAAAAAUGUAACAGCUCUUUCAUGUGGGAUGGUGGCAUGCACAUAACAGAGAGCUGCGCAGGGUACUACAAUGGGUUGAUUACAGCCUGCAGAGGUGACAGUGGCAGCUCAGUUGUCUGUGAGGAUGACACCAACACCUGGAAAACUGUAGGUGUCGCUAGUUAUGUCUUCACGACUUGCAGUGUCGCAGCAAAGCCAAUGGUCUAUUCUCAGACCAAGCUGUAUGUUGAUUGGAUAAAAAACCAAACUAUUUGUCAGUUUAUGUGUGAUGAUGGCAUCUGUUUAUUUGAUAAAAAUAUGCUGUGUGAUGCAGUAAAUGAUUGUGCCGACAAUAGCGAUGAGAUUCGACUUUGUAAUAUCAAUAUCAACUGCACAUUUGAUGAUAAGUUUAUGUGUGGCUACAAAAGCAAGUGGAAGCUCAGCUAUCCACCUGAGACAGCUAUCAACUUUUAUCCAUUGUUUGACCACACGCUAGGAAGACACCCAGGCAUGUUACUUCUGGGUGAGACAAAGUUGGAUCUUAUCUCGCCUCAUAUCCAGCUCAACUCUUCUCAUUGUGUUCGAUUCUUCUAUCAUGCACGGGGAAAUGCUCCAAAUGGCAUUUCUGUCACUAUAAAAAAUUUAAAAUCCAACCUGUAUGAAAAAGUUUGGGAACUAAAGAAGAUUGUAGAUGGUCCUGACAGAUGGCUGAUGGGAAUCUUUGACUUGCCAGCAGGAGAAUACGCCAUGUACACCCGGGUAUAUGACAAUGAACGUUUUGCUAUUGAUGACGUGCUGUUCAUGCCAGGAGAAUGUGAUUACAUGGAUUGUUUAGCUGGAGAGAUUAUGUGUUUUACAUCUGGUGUUCUAAACUGUCUUCCUAAUGAAUCCUUCUGCAAUCUGGUUAUAGACUGUGAUGAUGGAGAAGAUGAAGUCAAUUGUACAGAACUGCUAGAUCUAGAUGACCAACCAUACUAUGCUUGUGAUUUUGAAAAUGGCAACAUCUGUGCCUUGGAGCAGCACUCUAAUGAUUCUAGAGCUGCCGAGUGGAAGAUGGUCAACUCCAGCAGAACUCCAAACAAUAUAAUGGAUCACACAUUUAACAAUAGUUCUGGCAAUCUAUUAAAGCUGAAAACACAUGGCAUGAUAGAUAAAGAUGUGGUUGUAAUGUCGCAGGCUAUCCAGUUAGGCUUACUACCUCUGUGUUUACAGUUCUUUUAUGCAUCAACUUCAAGCCAGACUUUAAAAGUGCUGAUAGAAGUGAAUAACACACAGCAGACUUUGCUUACGUUCACAAACAGACAAACUUUGGACUGGAUCCCAACCCAGGCUACCAUACCUAGUGUACCCCAGCCUGAAAGAGGUCGCUUGUUGUAUGUAGCUGUAGGUGGUGACCUUGGCACUGGGACCAUUGAAAAAGCAAUUAUGCUUGAUGACAUCACCAUCAGCCAAGGUCGAUGCCCUAUGUUUAGGUGUCCAGACAACCAUCUUCUAUGUCGUGAAGAAGCCUAUUGUUUACCAAAAAAUAAAGUAUGUGACCGCGUUGUAGACUGCCUACAGGGAAAUGAUGAAAUCUCUUGUGAAUGUACUUCAUCAGAAUUCAGAUGUUCAACUGGACAAUGCAUUCCAUCAUCUCACAUGUGUGACACAGUUGAGCAUUGUCUAGAUGGUAGCGAUGAAGGUGCUGUUUGUGAUGAUAAACGAAAAAUAUCCUGUCAGUUUGAGGAUGUCUUUAUGUGUGGUUAUACAGUCAACACUUCCAUCAAUGAAUUUCAUUGGAAAAGAUCAAACGCUGAAACAGGAUUAAUUAGUUCUGAUCACACUUUUGAAAAUACAGAAACCAUUGGCUCAUAUAUCAUCACUGAUACGAUGAUGGGUGGAGAUUUAACAUCACUGGAUUCCAUCCCCUUCCAGUCGGCAGGCCAUGGAUUAGUUUUCUUUUACUAUUCUUACUAUUUCAACCAGCAGCUGCAGUUGGACACUGGUCGACUCAGUUUUCUCAUCACAUUCACAGCUAAUGGAGCCAAAGAAGAGAAGUGGUUUGCUCUACCUGAUGAUAAUAAAUUCUGGAAAAUGAAAUGCAUUGACCUCCCUGUUGGCAACAUCACCAUAUCAUUUCUUGCUCACAGAGGUUCCUAUGCCAAUGCUAUCAUUGCUGUUGAUGACAUUUUACUUCUCACUGAGAGCUGUGAUAGUCAUGUUACUGGUGUGAGGAUUGCAAGUGCUCUACCUCAAGCCGUAGUCUGCCCUGAAAGCAAAAAGCCUUGUAGAAACAACAUGUGUUUGGACAUCAGUCUCUUCUGUGAUGGUGUGUUAGACUGCCUUGAUGGCUAUGAUGAACUCAACUGCACCAAAUCAUAACAUUUGUGAUGGAACCCUAGACAUAGUGUUGUAGAUUUGUUAGCAAACAUGUUCCACAUAUAAAUAUUUAUUACAAAUGUACUGAAUAGCAGUAAACUCUAGCUGCCUGUAGACAGCAUUUAUUGUUCAUAGUAUACAUUAUCAUGUUUUAUAAUUUUAAUAUAUACUACAAAUGUUUGUUCUGUUAUUUGUUAACUUGCAGCAUUAUUUUUGUAAUUUGUUAACAUUUAUUCAUGCAGUAGUUGUUUUUUUUUUCUUGUACUUCAAAAGUUUAGUAGUCUUCAUCAACAAUUUAGUGCUGAAAAAUUCUUUAUUCAAGCUAGUCAAAAAUACUAUCUGCUGUGUAAUGCUUUUUUAUUUCACUCUAUUUUUUUGAGGACUGUUACUUCUAUUGCUAAAUUUACCUAAAGACAUUUGCACACUUGGCAGUGAAAGCUAAAUAUUCCGUAAGGCGGAUACAUUUAAGAUAGCUGCCCAACCAGAUUACAUGACAAAAUGAAACUGUUUAUGUUUUUGUAAGACUUCAGAAGAUGCCAUAACUUGUACAUAGAUCAAUGUCAAAUACAGUGGUGCUCAGGGGAGGUGAUACUGUAUAUUAGUUCAAAUGUGCCUUUGGUGGAGACAAAUCAGAAAUAUUUUUGCUUGUAGCAUUGAAGAUCUAUAUUGAUAUAUCAUAUGAAAGUAUGAUAGCGUGCAUGUGAAAACUAAGAUGUAUAUGAAUAUAUCAAAUGACUAAAUACAAAGUAUGAUAGUAUGCCUGUGAAAACUAAGAUGUAUAUGAAUAUAUCAAAUGACUAAAUAAAAGAAUGAUAGUAUGCUGUGAGAAUUAAGUUUAUUGAAUGACUGCCUAAAUGGUAAUUUAUAAAAUAAAAUAUUUGAGUAACUGUACCAGUUAUUACCCAAAUAUUACAAGCCUAAAACAUUUUUAAACCAAACUAACAUGGUGAAUGAAAACUAUAACAUAAUAUUAAAGAAUUUUUCCAUGUAUAGUUAUUUAAUAUAAAAAAAUGAUUGUACAUAGUUACUGUUAAAUAGCAAUGCAAAUAAUGUUUUGUGAUGUAUUUAUAUAAAAUAUUGUUGUAUAUAUUGUAAAAUAAAUUCCAUCUUCAUACAAUUGUGAUCUUUGAUUUAGUUGCACCAUAAAGCCUCAUGUUACUAAUGUCUUUUUAUUGUUAGGGAGCUACAAACUUACAUAUCUUAAAAAGUGCUAUGCAGCUUUCAUUGACAUUUUUUAAAACUCUUUAGCUGUGCUGAAACAUCUGGGGUUUUUUUUUUUUUUAAAAGUGCUGGUAAUAAUUUCAAUUCUUAUAAUUAUAACUAUGCCAGCAGAGUUGAAAUAAAAUUUGUUUUACUGAUCUUCAACACAAAUCCUGGCAGUAAAGUAGUAUUAGCCAUAAAACCUGAACAAAAUAAUUUCAAUAAGAAUGAAAAAUUUAGUAGCUUUUUUCUUUACCAACAAAGUUAUUGAUGCAAUUUUUUAUCAGCAUAAAGCAAUGUUUAUAGUUUAAUUAUUUAACAAACAGAUUAGUAUUCAUUUUAUAUUUAGUACGCAAGAUACCAUUAUAACAUUUUGUAAUUCAUCAUUACAUCUUUAGAUGCUGUACAUAAAAAAUUAAAUGUAUUUUGUAAAUACUUACUACUACUAGGUUAUUUAACUUUGUUUUUUAUUAUAUUGAGAGCCAGCUGAGAGAUGUAAUGAUAGAACGUGUGCAUAUUAAUUUUUUCUUAACUAAUGUAUAAUUCUGCUAAAUCAUGGGAGCAAAAUAAAAUAUCAAUUCUUU